AUGGGAAUACAAGGGCUUUUACCUCUCUUGAAAUCAAUAAUGUUGCCAAUCCACAUUAAGGAAUUAGAAGGCUCUUUUGUUGCGGUUGAUACCUACUCUUGGCUUCACAAAGGUGCCUUGUCCUGCAGCACUCAGCUUUGCAAAGGGUCACCCACCUCCAGGCACAUUGAGUAUUGCAUGCACAGAGUAAAUUUGCUGCGGCAUUAUGGUGUUAAGCCAAUUCUAGUCUUUGAUGGAGGUCUUCUGCCGAUGAAGAUUGAACAAGAGAACAAGCGUGCAAGGUGUCAGUUGUGUAGCCCUAUAUUGUGUAUUUUAUGUCUUCGGUUUACUGAAAUACUUGUCGUCUUCCAAAUCUUCUUGUCAACAAUUGCUUCUCUUGGAGUGACAAGGAAAGAAAACCUUGCACGUGCUCUUGAUCAUGAGUCAAAUGGAAAUUCUACGGCUGCUUAUGAGUGCUAUCAGAAGGCUGUUGAUAUUUCCCCUUCAAUUGCACUCCAACUAAUCCAGGAGAAUGUAUCGUAUGUUGUGGCUCCUUAUGAGGCAGAUGCCCAAAUGACCUUCUUGGCGAUAAGCAAACAAGUGGAUGCAGUUAUCACUGAGGACUCUGAUCUAAUACCUUUUGGUUGUCACCGAAUUAUUUUCAAAAUGGAUAAGUAUGGGCAAGGUGUUGAGUUUCAGAGAUCGAGGCUUCAACAGAACAAGGAUAUAAGUUUUGCAGGUUUCACAAAUGAAAUGCUUCUAGAGAUGUGCAUUUUCAGUGGUUGUGACUAUCUACAAUCGUUGCCAGGAAUGGGACUGAAAAGGGCACAUGCAUUAAUUACAAAGUUCAAAAGCUAUGACAAGGUGAUCAAACAUUUGAGAUAUAGCAUAGUGUCUAUUCCACCUCUUUAUGAAGAAUCAUUCAAGAAAGCAAUAUUGACUUUCCGGCAUCAACGGGUUUAUGAUCCUAUCACGGAAGAUAUUGUACAUUUGUCUGACAUGCCUGGCAAUCUUGGCAAUGAUUUGGACUUUUUGGGCCCAUAUCCUUCAAACAGAAUCUGUAUAGCCAGAGGGGAUCUAGAUCCAUUCACACAAAUGGCAUUCCAGUUACAGGGAGAAACUGUUAGUUCUGUACCAGUGCUUAAUGUAACUCCCAAAUUCAAAAACUCUAAACCUGAAAGUGGAAAGAAAAAGCUAGAUUUGCCUGUGCAGAAGAAUCUGCUGACUAAGUACUUCUGCUUCGCAUCUCUAGAAGCAAAGAGAAACUUCAGAGCACCUCGGUCGUCACCUACAAGUCCAAGUCUAGUGGAUUGCACUUCUUUGAGUCCCCAGGAUAAUGGUAGUGAGGAGGCAUCUUCUAGUAAUACCAGCUCUUCUUCUGCAUCCUUAGUUGUCUCGACAGAUGACAGAAACACCCCCCACAGCAACAAUGUGGAAAGCUGUUUUCCAGAUGGAGUUCACAAGUUUAUGGAGUCUCCAAGUCCUGGUAAGGAUUAA